GGCAGCCUGCUGCACACCCUCCAGGUCGUGCUCAUCGGCGCCCCGGCCUUCAUUGUCUUCGGUUACAACCAGGCUGGGCUAGGCCCUCUGGCCCUCCUGGACAGCUGGGUCGAAACUUUCCCAGACAUCGACACCCUCAACACCGAAGGCGCGCUCAAGGACCACAACAACACCAGCAAGGGCGCCGUCAUCGCCGCGUUCCAGAUCGGUGCGCUGAUCGGUGCCCUCUCGACGACGUUCAUGUCUGACCGCUUUGGCCGUCGAAGGACGAUCUUUAUUGGUGCCAUCCUGACUAUCAUCGGGCAGGUCCUGCAGGUGGCAUCGUACGAUCUUGCUCAGUUUGUUGUUGGCCGCGUCAUCCUCGGUUUGGGUGUCGGUCAGUUUAGUGUCGCUGUCCCCGUCUGGCAGAGUGAGUCCUCCGCCGCGAAGAACCGUGGCCAGCACGUCAUUCUCGAUGGAAUGUUUAUGUGCCUGGGUUACGCUCUCUGCAACUGGAUCGAUUUUGGUCUGUCAUACGCCGAGGGCACGACCCAAUGGCGUGUCCCGCUCGCUCUCUCGCUGCUCCCCUCCCUCAUGAUCCUGACCUCCGUCUUCCUCUUCCCUGAGUCUCCCAGAUGGCUCGUUCAGGUCAACCGGAUCGAAGCGGCCGAGAGCAGUCUCGCGACGUUGAAGGACCAGGCGACCCCCGAGGAAAUCCGCGCUGAAAUUGCCGGAAUCCACACCUCUCUUGAGUUGACAGCCCACUACAAGGGCUCGCUCAUGGAGAUCUUCAAGAAAGAUGACGAGGAGAGGCUGCUCUACCGCUUCAUCCUCUGCUUCAUGCUGCAGUUCCUCCAGCAGAUGUGCGGUGGGAACCUCAUCUCCGUGUAUGCGUCGACCAUCUUCGAGGAGAACCUCAACCUCGGCGAGAGCCUGUCGAAGAUCCUCGCCUCGUGCGCUCUCACCUGGAAGUUCCUGUGCUGUUUCAUCUCGUUCUUCGCGAUUGAUCGUCUCGGCCGCCGCGUUUGCUUCAUUGUCAGUGGCAGCGGUAUGGCUGCGUGCAUGCUCGCCCUGUCCAUCACCAACAGCAUGCCCUCAGACAAUCGAGGUGCGCAGAUUGCGUCCGCGGCCUUCAUCUUCCUCUUCAACCUCUUCUACCCGAUCGGCUUCCUCGGUGGGAACUUCCUGUACACGACCGAGGUCGCGCCGGCGCGCCUUCGUGUUGCCAUGUCUGCUGUUUCGACCGCCAACCACUGGCUGUGGAACUUUGUCAUCGUCAUGGUCACCCCCGUCGCUCUGAACACAAUCGGGUACCGCUACUAUGUCAUGUACACUGUGCUGUCGGCGUGCAUCCCGAUCUCGGUGUACUUCUUCUACCCCGAGACGAUGAACCGCAACCUGGAACUCAUCAACCAGGUCUUCCGCGAUGCGUCGUCGCCUUGGGAGAUUGUCUCGAUGGCCAGGAAGCUGCCAGAGGGCGAAGUCGCCGAGGCGCAAUUGGCGGCAGUCACCAAGGAGGGUGCUGGGGUGGAACAGAAGGAAAAC